AAUCCAAGUGUGAAAAAAAAACGCGGAAGCACUGAAAAAAUUCUUUUAAAUUGAGCAGCGCUCGCUGGGCGCUUGCCUCCCCCACCCGCAACCGCACAGUUAUUUUGUGUGGACUUCCCUACCCCCGCAACCCCUUCUCCUUGUUGCCUCGUACACACACACCUACGCGACGUGCCUUAAAGGAGAAGAAGAAGACAUUUUGUCCGCGUUGUUGUUGUUAUUAUUUUUGUUUUGCUGUGCGCGUUAAUUACUUGAAUUCUUCAUUGUUGUUGUUGUUGUAAUCACAACAAAUAAUGUCCCAAAGUACAACAGACACUUUCAUCCACUUGAUAGCCGGCGGAUCCGCUGGCACUGUUGGAGCUGUGGUAACAUGUCCUUUAGAAGUGGUAAAAACUCGUCUACAAAGCUCAACGGCAUUUCUAACGCCCACGACACGCCUUAAUGAGUCCACAAGUGGACCGGCGAAUAUUGGUCCAACAUCCGAGCUAUUAAGACCAGAACAACGACGUAAGCUAAGCACAACGAUAUUACGUAACAGAUCACAGCCACAGGUGAUUGGGGGUGUCCGUAGGAUUAUGGCUAUAUCACAUUGUGGCAUCUCAUCGACAACAAGCAAAAAUAUGAGCAUUAUGCAGUGUUUGCGUCACAUUGUCCAGAAUGAGGGACCUCGUGCUUUGUUCAAAGGUCUCGGUCCGAAUCUCGUUGGAGUGGCACCCUCACGUGCCAUAUACUUUUGCACAUAUUCACAAACCAAAAACACGCUCAACAGUCUGGGUUUUGUUGAACGCGAUUCCCCAUUGGUUCAUAUAAUGAGUGCUGCAAGUGCAGGUUUUGUCUCAUCCACCGUAACGAAUCCCAUUUGGUUUGUUAAGACACGCAUGCAAUUGGACUACAAUUCUAAAGUCCAAAUGACUGUUAGACAGUGCAUCGAACGUGUCUAUGCUCAGGGAGGAAUUGCAGCUUUCUACAAAGGCAUCACAGCCAGUUAUUUUGGCAUCUGUGAAACUAUGGUGCACUUUGUUAUCUAUGAGUUUAUUAAAUCGAAAUUGUUGGAACAACGAAAUCAAAGACAUACAGAUACAAAAGGAUCACGUGACUUUUUGGAAUUCAUGAUGGCUGGCGCUGUAUCAAAGACAAUUGCCUCCUGCAUUGCCUAUCCACAUGAGGUGGCACGUACACGUCUGCGGGAGGAGGGUAAUAAAUAUAAUUCAUUUUGGCAAACUCUGCAUACCGUGUGGAAAGAAGAGGGACGAGCUGGCUUAUAUAGAGGCUUGGCCACACAAUUGGUUAGACAGAUACCCAAUACGGCAAUUAUGAUGGCCACCUAUGAAGCUGUAGUUUAUGUUUUAACCCGACGUUUUAAUAACAAAUCGAACGAGUUCUAUGAUUUUUAAUUCCCCCUGCACUAUCCGAAUGCAAGAGCAAUUGAGGGAUGAAGAGCGAGACAGGAUAAGAAAUUAGUUAACAAUGAAAGAUAGUGAACCCAAUCUGUGCAUAUGUAGAAAGCGACUGCUGCAAUUUAAUUCUAAUCAUAUAUAUAUAUAUUGAUAUCAGUUUUCUAGACGAUUUAAAAACAAAAC